AUGCUGGGACGGCGGGCAUCCACCCCGGAUAACACGGCCGAUCUCUCACGUGAAAUAUCAUCCAGCGAACAUCCGGAAUCCCUUCUAGAUGCGUCCGAUGACCCUCUGGUCGCUCAGCGAAACGCCUCCGCAACCUCCUCCGAGGCGCACGCUCAUCCAGGCGGUGAAAGUGACUCCCGCCCUCGGCCCCUCUCGCCUGGUAGCAUUGAUGUUCUGGGCACUCUACUGAGUGUGGCGGCUGCGGCAACUGCUGCGUCCUUGUUCUCUCCGAACCUGGGGUUCCAAGCUGAUCGACAUUCUGACCCACCAUCACUUGCUGGGAUUCCUCGUCCUAUGUCUCCCACUCCCACCGCGGGUCUGAGCGGCGGAGAAGGCUUGGCCAGCCUUGCAGGUCUUGGACUUGACCACCCUCCCCCAAUCUCUCCACCGUCGACGGCCGUCGCGCAGCAACGGGAAGGACGCGACAGGAUACGCAAUGUGUGGGACAGCUUCCGCGACCGUCUCGGCCUGAACCGCAACGCUUCCGGUUCACGAUCGGAUGAUGAUUCCGCAUCAAGCUCUGAGGGUCAAGGCAAUAUGCGACCUGGCGAGAUCAUGCUCGCCGAGAUGGCUCGAGCACUCAAUGUCGGGUUAGGCCUGAACAGCGAUGAUUCCGGUACUGCGGGAACCGAUGAACCUGCAGCGACGUCGACGGCUCGCGAGGCCCCUCACGUAGCAGACGACGUCAGCCAAGGAAGGCCUGUGCCUCCUGAGGAUAGCUUCGAGCGUUUCUUGCUGAAUUUGCAAGCUGACCUGAGGACCGCACUUUCAGACGACAGUGGCGUAACGCUCACGACUCCUGCUGGCAAUGGUACCGAUCAGAGCGGCGACGACGUUGCGAUCUCGCGGCGACAUCUUUUCAACGAACUUCCUGUAGGCGUCGUCGAUACGGAAGAUCAAGUCGAAGACGACGAGCCACCACCGCUUGAGGAUGUUGCUGAUUCCGAUGGCGAGGACGAUAACAGUGAUGACGGUCAGACCUCCACUCGAACACCGACCCCGAUGCCAUCUGCACAUCCUGUCACACAUGGUCCACGUGAUCAGAUAUCGCUCGAAGCCGCAGAGCAGGAGGACGCCAGCAAUGCGGAUCAAGGUCGACCGAGAAUUAAUCUUUGGAGAUUAUAUCGCUUCCAGCCGAUCCCCGCGAACCAAGUCGCAGGCCACGCCUCUGCCUCGACUUCGUCGCCGCUUGCGCAAUCGCCAGCCCCGUCCCACCUUCCCUCCACUCCAAUCUCAGCCGCCUCCCAUCCAUUCUCGCCUACUGACUCGUUGCUGUCGUCAGUAUCACCGGUCCCGUCAGCCAGUACUCCAAACAGUGCGGGUCCGGCUCAAGUUGCGACACCUCCGGCGGAGGACGGCACGUCGGCUAUGGUCGUGCCUGUCAUUGUCGUUGGUCUUCAAUCAGUUGAGAUGGGGCAAGUGCAAGGCCGCGGACGCCCAGUCACAGAGGUUGGAGAGCCCGACUUCGGCGAAACUGAAAGGAGAUCUCCACUAUUCGACAACGUACGGCCAGCCGCUCCUCUGGAUGAAUCAAACACGACGACUACACGGGGACGUAGUUGGCAAUCGCGUGCCGCUACCGCACUACGGAACUUACGACCUGGUCGCAGGAACAAUUCAGGCGGAGGGAGGUCAGCAGAUGGUGCGGGCUCCCGAACGUUCUUGAUCUAUGUUAUCGGAGGCGAUAUAGGGUACUAUCCUCCUAAUCAUCACAUGGUGACCGGAUCGGACAAUCUCGACUCCUACGAGGCCCUAUGGGAGCUCGCUGAGCUCCUAGGCCAAGUCAAACCACCGGUCGCCACUCGGGAGGAUAUCGACAACUCCGGUUUGCAGAUCAUCAAAGCCACCGAACUUGAUCAGUUCGAACAGCAGGGCAAGGUCGCCUCAAACUGCGUUGAGCGCUGUCUUAUAUGUCUAGAUGACUACUCGCCGGAAGAGGACCUACGCCUUAUGACAUGCAAGCACGUAUUCCACCGGGACUGCGUAGACAAGUGGCUCCAAGUUGGUCGUAAUAACUGCCCUGCAUGUCGAACUAAGGUGAGGUCACAGAGCAGUAUUAGGUUCGCCAAUCGUGACUAA